AUGAUGAGCUUGCAGCCACCAACCACAGUCAAAGGAAUCAGAAGCUUCUUGGGACACGCCGGUUUCUAUAGGAGGUUCAUCAAGAAUUUCUCAAAAAUCGCAAGACCACUCACUAGGCUACUCUGCAAGGACACCAAGUUCGAGUUCAAUAGCGAUGGCUUGGCUGCUUUCCACACGAUAAAAGGAGCCCUGAUCAGUGCCCCAUUCGUUAAACCUCCAAACUGGGACCUUCCUUUUGAGAUCAUGACUGAUGCAAGUGAUAUCGCAAUGGGAGCAGUCCUGGGACAGCGGAAAGAUAAGAAACUGCACCUGAUCUACUAUGCGAGAAUGACAAAUGGACGGAGCUCAAUGCCGAUAUGCUACAACCGAGAAUGA